CACAAAUAGAACACGGCUCUCCAACUCAGGCAGUCCCAAUCUGACCUUCAAGCACACGGAACCCUGUAACGGGAGAUCGGUGGGGGACUGUCGAGAGAAAAAUACCCAAUCUAAACUUCUGCCAUUUUAACCUUUCAUCACCAUCAUCAUCAGUGCGUGUACUGGCACCCGCAGGAUCAGCUGGACUAUACUUUUUCUUUUUUGGUAACAAGACAUUCAGGGGAGAGGAAAACAAUUUAUUCCUGCCUUGACUUCUCCCCGUUCCCCAUCUCUACACCGAGUUGUAUUCGUUUUCCCCCAGUUUGCUUUGCACACUUGCAGAGGAGGUAAGCUGAGCUGAGUGUGCCUCUUGUGUGUGUAUGCCUGUCUCGCAGCAGAACCUGUCGGAUGCUCUGAGCCUACCGGACGCAGAGCUGUAUAUGGAAGUUGUGGGCUAUAAGGCAGAAGCGAGCUGUUGCACAUUGCGUCGUUCAAGAGCGGGAGCCAUGCUGUUCCACGGGAUCUCCGGUGACCACAUCCAGGGCAUCAUGGAGGAGAUGGAGAGGAGAUCCAAAACCGACUCGCGCCUGGCCAAGGGCGUGCGGCUCAACGGAAGGGAAGCGACCAUGCCUUCAAUGGGCCCUGAGAAACCCGCGUUGUGUGCCGGCUGUGGAGGCAAAAUAUCGGAUAGAUAUUAUCUGCUCGCUGUGGACAAACAAUGGCACCUACGGUGCCUCAAAUGCUGUGAAUGUAAACAGCAUUUGGAGUCAGAGCUCACGUGUUUCGCCAAGGAUGGCAGCAUCUACUGCAAGGAGGAUUACUACAGAAGGUUCUCGGUGCAGAGGUGCGCUCGCUGCCACCUCGGGAUCUCAGCAUCUGAGAUGGUGAUGCGCGCGAGGGACUCCGUGUACCACCUGAGUUGCUUCACGUGCACCACGUGCAACAAGACCCUGACCACAGGCGACCACUUCGGCAUGAAGGACAGCCUGGUGUACUGCCGGGUCCACUUCGAGACCAUAUCCCAGGGAGAGUACCCCCACCCUGGCCUCAACUAUGCCGAGAUGGCGGCUAAAGGUGGAGGUCUGGCGCUGCCAUACUUCAAUGGGACCGGAACGGCCCAGAAGGGAAGGCCUCGGAAGAGGAAGAGCCCCGCCAUGGGCAUAGACAUCACCAGCUACAACUCAGGUUGUAAUGAGAAUGAUGGGGAACACCUGGACCGUGACCAGGCCUACCCUCCAGCCCAGAAGAACAAGCGCAUGCGAACCUCCUUCAAGCACCACCAGCUCCGCACCAUGAAGUCCUACUUUGCUAUCAACCACAACCCCGACGCCAAGGACCUCAAACAGCUGGCCCAGAAGACAGGCCUCACCAAAAGAGUUCUACAGGUAUGGUUCCAAAACGCAAGAGCCAAAUUCAGAAGGAACGUUUUGCGACAGGAGAAUGGUGUUGACAAGGCCGACGGCACGUCACUCCCUCCGCCCUCGUCCGACAGCGGCGCUCUGACGCCCCCCUCCAGCGCGGCCACACUAACAGACCUGACCAAUCCCUCUAUCACUGUAGUGACCUCCGUCACGUCUAGUUUGGACAGCCAUGAUUCGGGGAGCCCCUCACAGACUACCUUGACAAACCUUUUCUAGCAAGCUCUAUGACUCCUAGCUCUUAACUCAUUUUGUUUUUUUCCCCCCAAUUUGCAAUUCUAUAAUUUUAAACAACAUCUUUAAAGAAAACAGAGCCAGUUCCAUGGAUACAUAAAGUACGGUACUGUACUGUACACACAACAGGAAGCAGCAAGAACAACGACAACAGCAGCAACAUUUAAUCAGGAGCAGAUUAUUUUCAUGUGUAGCAUUUGCAACCGCUUGGCAGCUGAGUUUGUAGUCAACCUAUUUAGUGAUUGGUUUUGUGUCGAGGACGUUUUGAAUCUGGAAGGCAUUGACAAAUUAUUAUAGAGGGUUCAACAAUCUGGGUCAGAGCCCAAAUGAAAUUAUUUAAAUGGUAAUAGUAUAUUAUGUUUGACUUUAUUUUCUUUUAUUUGUUCAUUUGAUUUGAUUUAGUCUAAAUUGAUCCCGCCUGAUAAUUCAUUUUAAAUCAUUAAUACUAUGUUAGUACUAUCCUAUUUAAGGCAUAUUUUGAUAUUUCUUUUUUUACAUUUUUUUUAUCUUUGAAACAUGAAUUUUCAGAAUGUUGUGUAAAAGAUCAUUCAGAGUUAUCCUGGAUGUUCCAAGAUAUUAGAGCAUUAUAGAGAUGAGUCAUUUCUCGUCUCUAAAUUAACGUUGUAUACAUUACAACAAAGCAAACAUUACAACUCAAAUGCCAGGUUGCUGCAGUGACGUCAACAUGCAUUUUGUCUUAACAUGAUACACCUCAACUGUGAUAGAAAAUAAUAAGACCAGAACAAAUCUCUAGAUCUGUACAGUGGGAACUGUCCAACAUGUAAUGCAGUCACGUUGAUAUUAGAAGGAGUUCAACAAUAUAAAUCAGUGAGUGAAAUUCUGAUUGAGACAGAGUUCAUGGGCACUGUUUGAAAUGAUUGUUUCCAUGAUACUUUUACAAAUAUUUUGGCCUCAUUUUACAUACCAACACAAACUGGAAAAACAAUUCUGUUGGCUUCAUUUUACAUACCAACACACAAAUGGAAAAACAGUAGUUUAUCUGGAUUCAGCGAGCCCGUAGAAUUACUGUUAAAUACAAUUGCACAGUGACAAUAUACUGCCCAAUGAAAAGUGCAUUAUUGUUAUUAUUAUUAUUAUCAUCAUCAUGUUUCUCAGGGUAAAGAAGGGUUGAUUCUGAAAAAGGUAAGAAGGUCGGAGAGGAAGAUAAUAAAGUGAGGGAUGACGAUAUGGCUGGUUAGAAGUGUAGAGCUGACAGAAACAUUACAAUGACCUCAGAAAAGCUGGAGAUAUUAGACAGCCAGUGGGACAAAGAAAUCAUCUUCCACGUUUUCUCCUUGGCCAUAUUUAAACUUUACCGACACUUGCUACUGGACAGACCAAAUUAUAAAUUUUUCCCUCUGGCUGAUUUCGGCGAAAGAGAGACAAAAGAAAUAGAAGGAUUCCUUUCUGCGGGGUUAAACAUUUUUUCUGUUGUCUCCUGGGCCAGCUGUUUAAGGUCGUUGGCGUCGGGUUGUGGUUGAUAGCAAAGCAGGACUACAUGGUGCGAAUUAGGAGAAAGAAAAAGAGAGUCCUGGCUGCGGGGUUCAAACAUUUUAUUGUAAUUGUCACAAUUUGUUCUAUUGUAGAACAUAGCGUUACUCUCAAUCUACUUGAUGAAGUAGAUGCUUAACUCAAUUCUACUAUGUGCCUUAUGCUAUAACUUGGAAGAAAGUUUGUAAACUUCAGGAUUAUAUGUGUUGUUUGUUGACUGAUUCACAUCCUUUUGACGCCUCACUAGUUUUGUACUGUUUUGCAUCUUAUUUCUGAAGAUCUUUUUAUGGUGUAUCCUGUUAGAAAGGGGGCAGCGAUGUCUUAGAAAGCAUUUGUGCACUCUUUCAGAUAUAGUUGGUUAAUCCAAUAAUCUUUGUGUUAAUAGUUGAGUACAGUAAGUGUUCUAUCAAGAUUGUCCAUGUUUCCCUGUUUCUUGACAAAGAUGGUGUAUAGAAACUAUUUCUUCUUAAAUAUUUAUGGACCAAACGGUUGUUAUAUAUCUUAUUAAAUUUGUGUGAAUAAAAAAUACUUUGUUUUAAA